GGAUUUCAUUGCUGUUUGAUUUGAAGUCGCUUUUGGUUCUGGUUAUUACAUUAUUUUAUUCAUACAUAUGUUAUUUGUUGUAUAGUCCAUGUUGUGUUCAUUCAUUUAGUUAAGUUAAUCUUAUAAGAAUUAAAGUAACAGUUCAAUAAAUUCAUAUUGAAAAGUUUCGCAAUGGCGCCAAACAAUUUUUAUUCUUUUAUGUUGGAUUUCAAAAAGCAAAAUAAAAUCCAAUCGCAUAAUGAAGCUAUGGAGAAGGCUGAUGCUAUAUGGAGAAAUAUGACUGCAGAAGAAAAAAAGAUGUAUGGUGGAAAAAAGAAAAAUAAUAAAACUAAAGCAGCACCUGUGUCGACACUAGAAAGUCAACAAAAUGCAAGAAUUAAAUUUGAGCAAGAAAUGAAAGAUAACAUAUCGACAGAAAUAACACUUGCUAUGAAGUACAACAACUUGACGAAUUGUCAAUUUUAUGUAAUUAAUAUCAACAGUUUCUGUCUGGAAUCUGACAACAAAAGGUAUUACCCUUGUGAGAUCGGCAUUAGUGGAUUUUCUAUGUUACAUGGUGUUUCUGAAGGAGAUAUCUUUGAGGAAUUAAUAUAUCCAGGUCCUUUACCGUAUGGCUACAGUGGAGAGGCCAAGCAAACUUCUAAUGAAACACAUCAAAUUCCUUGGGAUUAUGGAAGUACUGAUAAUCAAAAAGAAGUAUUUCAUGGAGUUUUAAAGUUUUUAAUGAGUAGAUCAAAAAUUACUCAAAAACUCCCUUUCUUGUAUGCAAGACCAACUAACAUGGAAAUGGUACAAAGUGUUUUGGACACUUGGUGUGAAGAAUAUGAUUCAAAUUCAAGUUUCAAAGUGUACAAUGUGACUACUUUAUUCAAUUUACUACAUGAAAAUAUCAUUAAAAAUACAGGAGAACAUCCAAGUGUUAUCAGCUACCGUGAAUUUGACAGAGACGUCCACCAAUAUGAUUUAAACAUUGCUUGUGAGUAUCACAGAAGCAUAGACAUGUCUGUUUACUGUUCUAAAUCAACUGCUAUACGGUCAUGCUAUUUAAUAUGUCAGAACAUCUGUCCAGGCUUGAAUAUUGAUCUAGUACCAGGACAACAUAUUCCACAUACUUUUAUAAAACAUUCAGAAGUUAAAAAGAAAACUUGUAAGCUCAAUUAUGACUCCUCCAGUACUGUUAGAGAGGACAGUAGUGAUGCUGAGACUAUUAUGUCACUGGGGAAAACAAGUACCUGCAUGGAAGAUUCAUCCUCUUCAAUUAUAUUACCAGAAUAUGAUGAAAGAGUAUCUUCCAGAAGAAAAUUUGACAAUAACUAUAUGAGUGGUAGCAGCAAUUCUAUCAAUGAUUUGACUUCAAGGACAGGAAGUUCCGGUUUCAGUAGGAGACCUGCAGUUUUGCCCUCUUCCGUUAAUGAAGCAUUUUCAAAGUUAACAACUGACAAAGGAUCAACUCAUACGAAAAGAGAAGCAUUCCCAAGUUCGCGAGGUAGAGGAGGUACUCCAGUAAAGGGUAAAGGAAGGGGUCAUCCCUUCAGAAAAUGAAUUACUCCAUCAAAUACAUUUCAUUUUAUUCCAUAUAAGUUUUGAAAUUAUUCUUAUUCUCAUGUUGUUAAUGAUGACUUUUUACAAUAUUUUUUGUUGAAUAUUAAUUUGUUAUUGUACUUUUUGAAAAUAGUUUUAAAAUGUUUUCAAAUUAUGUUUUUUAGAAUGAACUUUGUUUCAAAUUCAACAGAACAGGAUUUGAAAAGAAUCGACUAUAUUUUGUUUUCAGUUUAAAUUUGUUUCAAUAAUUUCCUCCAAGCUCUCUGAAUUUUCAAAACAUAGUAAUUAUUAUUUUAUCGAA